UAGAAAAACUUCAUAUUAUAAAUAUAACUUUUACACAUAGGAGUAUUUUAUAUACCUGCACUAUAUGAGCAUCAAACAAUGCCAAUAAGCAAGCCUCAAAACCUAAUCAGCUGUGCUCACUCUUCCGGAGCUUCGGCUAUUUCCUUCUCCUGGGAAUCUUAAAUCCGUUUCUUCUUCGACAGUGUAUCCUCUUUCUAGUUAGCUUCAUUGAAGUCCGUCUGUGCUCAAUCUGAAUUUCCAGGCCCAACACAAUGAGUGGCAGGGGUGGGAGGGGUCGUCCUCAAAGGAACUCUUCUUCCAGAGACUAUCCUCCGAGAUCAGAAGAUAGAGUCCAUCAUAAAAGGAGCAACCCUCCUUCAAGACAUAUUUGGAUCGGAAAUCUCUCUCAAAGUUUAAGUGAAGGUUCUCUCACUAAUCAACUUUUGCGUUUUGGGGAGCUGGAGAGCGUUUCAUUUCAACCAGGCCGCAGUUAUGCUUUUGUUAAUUUCAAACACGAGGAGGGAGCCUUUGCUGCUAUGAGACAACUCCAAGGUUCUGUUAUUGCUGGAAAUGCAAUAAGAGUUGAGUUUGCAAAGGCGGAGAAGUCAACACCACUACAUCGAGAUGAGGAAUAUUUGCAACAUCGUGAUGAAGAGUAUUUGCUACGUCGAGACGAACACCCCACGGUUAGGGGAUCCCCAGCUGGGCACAGGGAACCUAGGACACGCUACUCCAGUCCUGACCCACCAUAUCUAGACAAACCAAAGGCAAGCGACCGAAGUUCAGAACCCAGUGAAGUAUUAUGGAUAGGGUUUCCUUCUCAGCUGAAAGUGGAUGAGUUUGUUCUAAGGAAGGCUUUUUCACCAUUUGGAGAGAUUGACAAUAUUACUGCAUUUCCUGGUCGAACUUAUGCUUUUGUGCGCUUCAAAAAUGUAGCAGCAGCAUCCAGGGCGAGAGAAACUCUUCUGGGAAAAUUAUUUGGAAACCCUCGUGUGAAUAUAUGUUUUGCUAAGAGUGAAUCUGCUAACUUCAACCGUCAUAGAAGCUCAAUGGAUUAUCCAUCCCCUCAUUUCAGGACACAUGAGCACCAAGAGUUCACAGGUAACUUUCAACAGGAAAGGAACUUUGGUAAUGCUACUGGAGAUUGUCACUAUAGGUCUCCUCGUUUUUUCCCCGAAUUGGAUUCUCCCAGUGAUCCCAAACUGGGUGGUAGGAAAAAAAACUUAUGGGAUGGUGAGGAUGAACCGUUUGAGAGAGGAGGGCCACCUGAACAUGCAUAUGCUUUCCGAACUCCUCCAAGGAAAAGGCAUCAAGACUUCCGUGAUUUUUCUCCACAAUUCCGUCGCCGAGAUCCAUUGUAUGAUGACGAUCAGUGGGACUUGCCUGAAGAUACAUUGCUCUUUCGUGAAACAAAGAAGCUGAGGACAAACUCCUACGAUCCUGACAAUGAGCUUCCAGAGUAUCCUUUGUCUAAUUCAGGACCGUGCAAGCCGAUGAUCUACCACCAUGAUUAUCCACGACAUGACAAAACUUUUGAUUCUAGACCUCUUGUUGAUUACAGAAAAAAUUCUGAGGGCCCAGGUCUGUCAAACUCCCCUUAUGGCAGUGAAGAUGAUAGGUGGGGUGUAUCACACGGACAUUUUCAGACGGUUUCACAUCCUACCGCAACAAAUCCUGAACUCAAAAGAUUAUCUAAACCAGAACCACGCCCAUCACUCAUGAUUAAGGAGUGGAAAUGGGAAGGUACUAUAGCUAAGGGAGGGAGUCCAGUGUGUCGAGCACGUUGCUUUCCAGUCGGACAACCUCUGGACAUGAAUUUGCCUGAAUACUUAGACUGCACAGCAAGGACUAGUUUGGACAUGCUUUCAAAGCAUUACUACCAGGCUGCUCGCUCUUGGGUUGUUUUCUUUGCCCCUGCAAACGACCCCGAUAUUGCAUUCUACAAUGAAUUCAUGAAUUACCUCGGGGAUAAGCAACGGGCUGCUGUUGCUAAAUUGGACGAUUCUACUACAUUGUUUCUUGUACCUCCUUCAGAGUUCUCAGAGAAAGUACUGAAAGUGCCAGGGAAACUGAGCAUGUCAGGUGUUAUCCUGAGGCUAGAUGCAGGAGGCUAUGAGCAGCCACAUGAACAUGACAAGAAAGAUGCUGAUGGUUCGUCAUUCUAUCCAGCAUCACCAUCAACCAUGCCUUAUCCCCCAUCAUCAUCUGGAUCUAAGUACUCAGCAUCCUACCCGAUGAUCAUCGACAAGGGGGCUGUCCCUAGGAAUUCAUCAUAUCCAGCUAGUAAUGCUGCAGGAUUGGCUCAUCCCAAUAGCAGCAAUGGGGCUGGAUAUGAUGAAUAUAUGCGGGGCCUGCCGAUUAGUUCUUCCCAUGAGAUGCAUAGCAAUGUGAAUUAUUAUCAACCAUCCUAUAAUCACACUGUCAAUUCCAAUGCCACUCAAGAGUAUGAUUUUAGUGGGGCUGCCAGGGCGGGAAAGCAAAAUUCAAAUCCUUCCUCGGCUGCCGCUGUGGGCCCUCAUCUUCAACCAGAGCAAUUAGCACAACUGGCCUCAUCCUUUCUUGGGAAGCAGCAGAUAGUGACACAACACUCUGAAAAUGCAUACAGGCCACCUCCUAUGCACACCAGUCAAUUGACUGAGUUUCCCUCAUCACAGUUUGGUCAAUCAACAUCGCUGCCUCCUCCACCACCGGCUCCAGCACCAGCGCCCAUUCAAAGAGAGGUUCAGACAGUUGUGCCGUCAAACCAGCCAUCUACCCAAGACAACAACAGUGCAGACCCUGAAACACGCUUGCAUGCAACAUUGCAGUUGGCUGCAGCUCUACUAAAGCAGAUCCAACAGGGUAAAGGAAACUAAGAAGUAUGCCGCAGUUUGUUUAUUUUGGCAGCUCCUCCCCAGAAACAAUUUCAAUGUUUGGCUAUUUGUAACAUUUCUGGACAUGUGAAGUUGAAUCCUUAUCUUUUUUUUUAUUGUGGUUCUCAGAUUGACAUUAAUUUGUUUAUUCAGUUAGGAAAGAAUGACUGCUUGCCCUUUUUAGGCGAGUUAAUAGUUUCUC